UGAGUUUGGAAAGUUUAGAGGGUAGAAUACCCGAUUUUGUAGUUUGGGGGUGGACCCGUGAUAGUGUGGGGGGUUAUAUAUGCAGACUUCUUCCAACUGAGUACAAACACAAACACGCACCCAGCACAACGAAGAGAUACAAUGGGCCUCUCAAGUGCUGUGCAAUGGUGGGAAGAGUGGCAGCUGCGAAUCCUCGUCUUGGGCAGCCUCGCCAUUCAGUGUUACCUUGCAUUCUUCGCCAGCGCCCGUAAGAAGCAUAUCAGGCCCUUGUUCAGAUUUAGCAUCUGGCUGGCGUACCUAGGUGGAGAUGCUAUAGCGAUCUAUGCCCUCGCAACCCUCUUUAACCGGCAAAGGAAGGUAUGGUACACUUCUGAAGAUGGCAGCCAUGACCUAGAGGUACUAUGGGCGCCCAUCCUGCUCAUGCACCUCGGCGGACAGAUCAACAUAUCGGCCUACAACAUCGAAGACAACGAACUGUGGAGGCGGCACGUUGUAACCGCGGUGUCUCAGGUUGCGGUGGCUCUGUAUGUGUUUUGCAAGUCAUGGUCGCCCUCGGCCGAUAGGAGGCUAUUAGCCGCAGCAAUUCUGCUUUUUAUCCUUGGGGUUUUCAAAUGUUCCGAGAGACCAUUGGUUCUCAAGAGGAAUUGCUUUAAUAGCCUAGUCAGCUCUUUCCAUCCUUCCCCGAGGGCCAAAAAUAUCAACAGAGAAGUAGAACUUGAAGUAUACAUACAAGAAGCACGGGAUUUUGUUCACCGUAAUAAACAGCCGCCAACAAUGGAUAGUGACGCAACAUUGCCACACAUGGAGCAGCUCUCUAUACCUGACAAGCUACUUGUGGACUCUGCAUAUGCCUAUACUGACCGUCUUAAUAAGCUGAAAUCCUUGUGGUCCCUAGACUACGAAGCAGUUUAUGCAGCACUACGCAAAGGGCUCUCCAUAACUUUCGACCUUAUUUAUAGCAAGGAGCCUCAAGACACCGAUCCAAACAGAGAGGAAGACGUUGAUACUGAUGGUUGUUCAAUCUUUUUGUUCUUUUCCGUUAUAACAUUGUCAGUCGUGGCCAUAAUCCUCUUCCAUAUUAGCCAUAAACAGGCUUAUAGGAGGAGCGACAUCAGGGUUACAUUUUCAUUGUUGUACAUCACAUAUCUGUUGGAGAUUUCGUCCUUGGUUACAAUGAUCAUUUCUUACUCUGAAUGGCAUGACGUGGUUCCACAGGAUAGCCUUACAGGAUUCUUAGCUCGAAAGAGAAGGAACACAUGGUUGAUGGGCGUUGCGGAAUCCAAGCCUUGCUACUCGUCCGAGGACAUUACAGGCUUGGUUCAGGGCCAUGUUAGAAAUGGGUGGAUAAAUUAUAUAAAUGAUACCGAGAGUUACUGGAAGUUCAGUGAUAUCAGGGGCCACUGGACGCUUGAGCGCAAUGGAUGUGAAGCAAACCUUGGAGGGAGUAUAGAGAAGCCAUUCGAUGAGAGCAUCAUUCUCUGGCAUGUGGCCACAGACUUUUGCUUUCACCAUAAGGGCGCGUCUCCUGAUUCUAGACCUGCCAGGCUUUGCAGGGAAAUCUCCAACUACAUGGUGCAUCUACUGUUUGCUAAUCCUGAAAUGCUUAUUCCUGGUAGCAGAACAACUUUGUUCACAGAUGCCUACAAUGAACUCGAGGCUCUCCUGAAAGAUGACGAUCUAACAUUAUUAGACGAAAAACAAGUUACAGAAAAGAUAAUUGAGAAGAUGGGCUCCUCUGAAGAAGGUAAUAUUGUUCACGACUCCUGGGUUCUUUCUCAAAAGCUGAUGGAAUUAGGUGAAGAGAAGAUGUGGGAAGUAAUCGAAGGUGUGUGGAUUGAGAUGCUCUGUUUUUCUGCUGGAAGGUGCAGGGGUUACCUGCACGCCAAGAGCCUUGGCACCGGUGGGGAGUACCUCACCUUUGUCUCCCUCCUGAUGUCACAUGCGGGAUUGGAGACAUUUGCAGAGAGGCAGCAGAGGAUUCAGCUUCGGCUUCCGAAAGAGGAGAGGGUGAAAAUUGCAAAGAAAAGAAUACAGGAAGCUGCAAGUAACCAAGCUAUGAAGGAAGAAAAUGCUGCCACUCCACCUGCUACAGAAGCCAAUGAGCAAGUACGGCAAGAAGAAAACCCUGCUGCUGCAUCUGCUUCGCAAGGUGAAUGCGUUGCCCCUGCCAUUGCACAUGAGUUCAAGAUUGUUGUCUCACCGUGAGAGCAAAGUGUGUACCUUGUUUAUCUGCUCUGCAUGAUGGUGCCUUGAUAAAAGUUAUGUAAUGUCUGUUGUGUUUACUACAAGUUCAUAUCACGCAUGAUGACUCCAGUGUCCAAGUAGCAUUCAAUAUCUGUACAUAAAGCAUCUCAAAUUA